AUGGAACUAACAAAAGGUGUAGAAGAGCUGAGCGUUGCGCUCGCUGAACGUUUCGCAACUAAAUGCUUCACCCCCUUGGAACUCGCACAUUUCAAGGACAAUUUCUUCAGCCGCGCAACGGACCAGGGUGGCAUGAAGUAUUGGAACGAGAAAACUCUUUCUGACUUCCUGGGUAUUCCAGAUAGCAGUGAUGCUGACUGUCCAUUGGAUGCUGGGCCCGUGAUCUUUCGCAUGGUUUCGUAUCUUGGCGCAUUUCCGUUUCAAAACACGUUGGCUCCGAGCGUUCUGACGUUUGAGGCCAUGGUGAAAGUGGUUGUGCUGCUGACGGAACGAUAUGGGAAAGUAUUGAGACGAGCAAGUAAAGACCGGAUUAGACUAUUAUUUGGUAGUCUUGCCGAUGUUGGCCGGAAGGAUGUCGACCGUCACCCAACGCCUAACAAAACUGUCGAGGAAUAUGGGAGUGGUGAUUCUCCGGUUGUCAAGUCCCAUGCUAUGGGUUUCUCAAUUGAUGAGCCGGCUAAUGACAGCUACGAAGACGACGAGGACGACGAUCUUGCUCUUGCUGCGUUGGAAUCCUUGGAUGCCAUCGAGGUGUUUAGACACGACUCUCGCAUUGACAAGGCUGUCUACGAAGCUCGGAUCUCGAUUGCUACAUUCCGCCGUCUCUUGAUGCUGCUGCUUGUUAUCUCGCCUCUGGAAUCGACCCAGUCUGUGGAGAUAUAUACAACGGAUUUGUCCAAAGACCGCAUGGAGAGUGUUCGGAAAGAAGCUGAUAACCUCCUGGCGGCUUUCCCACAGGAGAAAUCCGGAGGCAUCAGCUACGUGACAUUUGCUAAGACCAUAUCAACCUCCUUGCCGUUUAUUUUUGAUCCUUUGACGCCUUUGUUUGAGCAUCUCCUCUUCAGUAAAAACCUAGAUUUAUCCCAAAAGCGGUCUCCAGAUGACCCUAGAGCAGCAGCAUCAUCAUCCAAGGAAGCGUCAGAGACUUUACUUCUACCACUUCCGGAAUCUGUCAUGCUCCCUGGUAGCUUCAAAUCCGUGAUUCUGAACCCCAGCAUUAUAUCUCAUCUUUCAUUCUUCCUUCCCUCGACCACCUCCAACCAGAACCUCCUCCGUGGAAACACGCGCCUGCACCCGGUAUUUUCAACCGCGGGACAUGGCACUUCCUUGACAUCCUUCUCCCACAACGUGCUCACCUGGCAAUCAGGCACUCUACUCCUUCUCGAAGGCUACAUUUCCGGGUCAUCCCGGGAUCAGGAAACCCCAAUCACAAUAGGCGCCUUUCUACCCCAGCCCUGGAAAUCCGGAACCUUGACGACGCAUUCCACCAAGCCAACAGAACCGUCCACACUUCCGUGUCUAUUCCAACUAUCGCGAAAACAUCUCGUCCUACAGGGAAAUUCAUCCCCCUCUGUACAGAAACCCAACAUGCCUACGGCAUAUUUCUCAACCCACUCCGGCAUCUCCAUUGGGUGUCAGAUCCCUCCUUCGUCUCGCACCCAGCAAUUACGCCCUUCGCCUCUCGGUGCAGGCAGUCUGACCAUCGACGUUGGUCUCGAAACCGCGAAUUUCCACGUCUCCCCUAUUGGUCAGAAUGGCGUAUUCCUACCCCCUGCUACCGGCGGACCCUCGGACACCUCGACCACUCGCACCCAUAUUGACAUCUACAAUCUCGAAAUCUGGGGUCUUGUGCCUGAUCCGUCGACCUCGACCGCGUCGGAGCCGGGUCAGAGCGCUGCCGAAUUACAGCAAGCGAGAUGGGAGUUCGAAGCCAGAGAAGCUGAGAGAAGACGGAAUUUGAAUCUGAAAGCGGGCGCGGGAGAUAGCGCCGCUGAGAGCGCUAGAUGGCUUCUGGAGACAGCUGGGUUGAUUGGUGAUAGUACUGGGCGACCCAGGCAAAGUGCUUAG